UUCUAGAGAGAGAAACCAACCCCCCCCCCCCAAAAAAAAAAAAAAGAAAAGAAAAAGAAAAUAAACUAGAGAGAGAAACAAAGACAAGAGAAAAAGUCAGAAAGAAACCGUGUGGUAAAGCUAAGGAUCUGACACAGAGAAAGAUGGUCUUGUUCACGAAUUUCUGGAUAAAGAAGUGAUCUUUGUUUUCAUUUUCCUGAUCAGUGGAAAUCAGGAUUGAAGAACAGUGUUCUCUACACUUUUUUUUUUGAAUAAAGAAAUGCUUGAGGGGGUUUGAUUAACUCAACGUUCGACAAAAAAUUAGGGGCCAAAAUGUAAAUUAGGGACAGAAAGGAAAAGUCAAGUAUGUCGUGCACACUGGAUAUGAUUUGUGGUUGUCCAUCGACCCAAGUGUAAAUAUUUUUUAUGCAACAAUUGAAGGAUUUAUUCAAAUAAGGAUACAAGUGUUUUGGAGCAAAUGUCAUUCCGUAGUAUAGUACGUGACAUGAGAGAUGGGUUUGGGAGUCUAUCAAGGCGGAGUUUUGAUCUGAGAUUGCCAGGUCAUCACAGAGGGAAAUCACAUAGCUCAGUUUGUGAGUUGAAUGACCAACCCGUGGUCAUCCAGAACAGUCGUUGGGCUGGCCUCCCCCCUGAGUUACUUCGGGAUGUGAUAAAGAGAUUGGAGGCAAGUGAGAGUACUUGGCCUGCUCGGAAGCAUGUUGUUGCAUGUGCUGCUGUGUGCCGGUCAUGGAGGGAAAUGUGUAAAGAAAUUGUCACAAGUCCUGAGUUCUCUGGGAAGAUUACUUUUCCAGUUUCAUUGAAGCAGCCAGGGCCUAGGGAUGGAACUAUUCAGUGCUUUAUUAAGAGGGACAAAUCGAACUUAACUUACCACCUUUUCCUUUGCCUUAGCCCUGCUUUGCUUGUUGAAAAUGGAAAGUUCCUGCUGUCUGCCAAACGGACCCGGAGAACUACUUGCACUGAAUAUGUAAUCUCCAUGGAUGCGGACAACAUAUCAAGAUCAAGUAAUACUUAUAUUGGAAAACUGAGGUCAAAUUUUCUAGGCACCAAGUUCAUAAUUUAUGAUACACAGCCACCUUAUAACAAUGCUCAACUUUCCCCACCUGGUCGAAGUCGAAGGUUCUACUCUAAAAAGGUUUCUCCAAAGGUCCCCACUGGAAGCUACAACAUUGCUCAGGUUACAUAUGAGCUCAAUGUCCUGGGCACCAGGGGUCCACGCAGGAUGCACUGCACAAUGCACUCAAUACCUGCCUCAUCCCUUGACCCAGGUGGUUUUGUCCCAGGCCAGCCUGAGCUCCUGCCUCGCUCUCUUGAGGAUUCAUUUAGGAGCAUUUCCUUCUCAAAGUCAAUCGAUAAUUCAACCGAGUUUAGCAGCGCUCGAUUCUCAGACAUUGUUGGACCCCGAGAUGAAGAAGAUGAGGGAAAAGAAAGGCCACUGGUUCUCAGGAAUAAAGCACCAAGAUGGCACGAGCAGUUGCAAUGUUGGUGCCUCAAUUUUCGUGGAAGAGUGACAGUUGCGUCGGUGAAGAAUUUCCAACUGAUUGCUGCUACACAGCCUGCGGCUGGUGCACCGACACCAUCGCAGCCUGCCCAAUCUGAUCAUGACAAAAUAAUUCUGCAGUUUGGCAAGGUUGGAAAGGAUAUGUUUACCAUGGAUUACCGAUAUCCUUUGUCUGCAUUCCAGGCAUUUGCUAUCUGCUUGAGCAGCUUUGACACUAAAUUGGCAUGUGAAUAGAAGGGGAAAAGAAACUAUGGUAAGAGAUAGAACAUUUUAGUUGCUAAGCCAUUUUCUUUUUCUAGGGUUUUAUAGGAUGGAAUUGGUGUAUGCAGUCACACUGUACAACUCAUUGUCAACUGGAAAGUGCAGAACAGUUAAUAUGCACAUUGGAGAGGACUCUUCCAUUCUCACCCUUUCUUUCUUUGUUCUUCUUGUAUUAGUUUGAAAUGGUUCGUUGUGUUAUCUACUGGUGUUUAACUUUGUUCCUCUUACAAGGAAAGAAAAGAGAGGAAAGGAAAAAAAAAAGAUUAAGACUUGGAAAGUGUGUUUCACAGCAUCUUUAAGCAAAUUUGACUCUGAAGGCCAAGUCUCUUGGGGACGAGACCAUGUACUUGUAUCUUUGUUGCCUUUUAUUUUAGGUUAGUUGUAUACUUCAACUACGGAUUGAUUUAAUUUUAACUAUAAUUUUUCUUCUUCUUCUUCUU